CCCCUGGUAUUUCCACAGCCAGCAGCACUAUUUCUGUGUACACGUAACAGCCUCGUUCUCGCUAGUGAUCUCAGAUGCUCUCAGACACCGCAAGGAUUGUCUGCUUCAAACAUCCGCGGUUACAACCGCACCACGCCAUUUAAAAACCGCAGGGUUGUCAGACCUCCCACUCUGUUCGUACAAUUUUGCAGCUCCUUAUUUUCCAAUGAUUUCAAGUGAGCAGAUGUUUGAUUAAUACAUGGAAAACAAAGGACCGUACCGAAUUUAUGAUCCAGGUGGAAUCACCUGUGAGCUGUUGGUGAAGCCAAACACAGACCAAAAAGAAAGCAUGGAACGGAUCAUGAGCCUAGGUGAUCUUCUGGAAGAAUCACAGAGAGAAGUCCAUAAACUUCGUCAGAAAGUUGAAACUUUGGUUAAGGACAAUGAACUUUUGAGGUCUUCUUCUCCUCUAGACCCUGUACCAGAAACUUCUCCUUCUCAUAAGCAGCUAGAAACAGGGCAAGAACAUCCUCAAGAUCUAUGUGAUAAUCAAGCCCCCAAAAUGAGUGAUAAAGAUUCUGACUUCUCCACUAAGAGUAGCCCAAAAUCUUCCCCAGUGGACACUUCUUCUGAGUUUGAAUUCUUGAACGGUUUUGAAUCCAAAAAAAGAAUUGGGAGCCAUAAGUCAGUCCAUGACAGGUACCUGCCACACCUAACGAGCAGCAUCUGUCCUGCAGGAUCUAAGGACCCUGGGCCUACUUUUCAAAAUGAGGGUGAUAAUCUGCAACUUCAUCUGCAGCGUCUGGAGAGCUCACUCAGUAUGUGCGCAGAGGAGCCAGUCCGGGACCGCCUUCUUGCACAUUUGAGUCGCAUGGCACUUGACUUCAACCGUUUAGCAAACAAAGUUCACAAGAAUGAGCUUCGGACAUCAGUUAUGCAGACUUUAUGCGAACAGCUGAGAAAAGAGAACGAAGACUUGCGUGAAAAACUAGAAGCAGAUUGGAAGCAAAGAAACAAGACUGAGCAGGCCCUGAGAAAUGAAAAUCUGGAGCUCAGAAAACUAAUUAUGCAGAGUACUGGGGAGGUAGGAAAAGGAGUUCAAGUGGGAAGUGGAACUGAUCUCCCUUUAGCAGAAAAUCUAGUUGAAAAUACCGGACAACAGCAAAUGAAGGUGGAAAAUACCAGACAACAGCAAGUGAAGGUGGAAAAUACCGGACAACAGCAAGUGAAGGUGGAACAUGGAGCACAACAGCAGAUGCUAGAGAAGCAAACGUCUAAAGACCCAAGUGCCGCAUUGCUGAAGAAAGUGAAAGUUCUGGAACACCAGAGGGCUGAGCUUUUGGACGUGAAUAAGCAGUGGGAUCAGCAAUUCCGCUCCAUGAAACUGCAGUAUGAAGAAAAGAUAACCUCUCUGCGUCAGAAACUCUCUCAGGCGCUUAAAACUGAAAGCGAGCACGAAGCUGACAAAGAUCGGAGACAACGAGAUUAUGACAGAAAGCUUCUUCUGGCACGAGAUAAAAUUGAAGAAAAAGAGUCACAAAUCCAGAAACUUGAGUAUGAUAUGAAGGAGCUAAAGCAGAACAAUAAAUAUCUAUAUGAGCAGCUUAACUCAAUCAGGAAACAGAGGGAUUACCAGGAACGAGAAAUCAGCCGGCUGAAUAAGGCUCUUGAAGAAGCUUUGAAUAGGCAAGAAACAGGUCCUAGAUCUCCCUCAUUCACAGCCUUUACAGAGAACACAGAUGCAUCCAAGCAGCAAGAGCUUAUGCUUCAGAAUGAUAUCCUCAAACAGCAAGUAAAAAUCUUCGAAGAAGACUUUCAGAAGGAACGCAGAGAUAGGGAACGAAUGAAUGAGGAAAAAGAAGAGCUGAAGAAGCAGAUGGAGGAGCUUCAGACUCAGCUGGGGCAGGUCAACACCCAGUUGCGCACCUGCAAGGAUGACUUGCUUAGAGAGAAGGAAAUUUCACGUGAAGCGCUGAGACAACAGGCUUUAGGAGAAAGAUACUUCUUAGAUCAUUAUUUGGGAGGGCCUAUGUGUCCUCCGUACAAAUAUCCCUUCAGUCCUCCAGCACAGAUCUAUCCUGGAUUUGAUGACUGGCAGAUCUGUUAUCCACCUCCUGCUGUUCCUCCUGAGCACAGUCAGGUUCAAGAUUUAUCCAGAAUUUCCCCACCAGCAUAUCAGUGGAGAAAUCCAAGCAACCUCCCUAGGGGCGCUAAAGGAACAGCGGAUAUGCUGAGACACAAAAAACAGGAACCAGAUGUCCCUAGCAGUGGAACACCAGCCACUCAGAGGCCAACUUGAUGGAGUUCUAUGAAGGCAACAGCGGUCUCCAACGUGCACUUACAUUUUUUUCCUGUAUGUGUGUGAGCAACAGAUCUAACCUUCAUUCUCAGUAUGAGGCAGAAAAUACUUUGUUGGUGGCUCCAUGACGUGAGCAGAACAAGAGGCAGCUCUAACCUGACAAUAGCAGUGCAGAGAAUUCCUGUAGUACUUUAUGAAAGAUGGAGAUUAGAGAAAUCCUACUCCAGUUUAUUCUUUGCUUCAAAGGAGAGUAUGAGUUUGGAUAGGAGGUUUUAUGAGAAAAUUACAAAAUUUGGUUGGUAACAGAAAAAAAAUUAAGAUAUUUAACAUAUUUAUAUAAUCAUCUUAAUAUCCUAUAUAUUUUUUUUGCGCACUGAGGUUUAAUUUCAGUUUUUGGUUUAUUUUCUCCAUUUAUAAACAAUGUAUAAUUUAUAUUCGUAUUUGUUUCUGGUUAAUGAAUAUAAGAAAAAAAGUAUAGGUAUUUUAUAUAUAUAUUAUUUAGUGUCAUUAUUUACUUAAUUCAAAAGAUCUAACAUACUAAAUAAUAUGGGAAUCCUGGGGGGGGGGGAAGGACUAUCUAAAUUCUUCAACCACUGAAUCUUAUUCACUAAGUUCUGCAUGAGCAUAAUGCGAUUGAUUGUAUGACAAGUGUACAUGUAAGUGUGGGCAAGGGAAGUGAGAAUAAAGAUCAGUGUAAGGAAGGUUGUAAAGGUGACUGCAAUCCAUCAUUUGUUUAGCAGUAUCUUGUAAUGUAGUCUAAUGCAAAAAUUUGCCUUUCUAAAAUUCUUCAAAAGGCCCUUACAGUACUCCUGAGACUUCUUCAAUCUUGCCAGACCAGUGGCACUACCAUUUAGUGUGAGAGGAUAUGUCCAUGAAUGUGCAGUUGAUUGAGUAAGGACAUGAGAGAUUCACACACUUUCAUAAUGCAGAAAUGCUCUUAAGUUCAACGUGAGGAUGAGCAACAAUGAGGAAAAGUACACAAUGAAAUAUAUAAAUGAGAGAGAGAGGGAAUUAGUGCUACAAGAAAAGAGUCACAUAAAUAAAGCAACAAUUAGUCUGUACAUUAUGUUGACAUGGGUAUGUGUGAAUGAUGGUUGUAGUGAACAAAGACAAUUCUGCAUUAAAAUGAAAAUGAUGGGCAAGGGUAUAUUAUAUAGGUCCAUUAGCGGAUGCUGUUGAUAUUUGAAACCAUUCAAGCUUUGAUCUCAUGAGUUAUGUCACCAUAACAUUUACUUUAAUUUGACCAUACUUUUUGUACCAUUUUAAAAAGGGACAUAGUCACACACAAAAAAUGACAUGCUCUAAUCAGUGUGUUUAAUUUUCCGACUAAUUGACCCUAGACUGUGUGUUUAACCCCUGCAAAGUUGUUAAAUACACAGUUGGGAGUCACUAAACGCAGCUGAUCCAAUUAGCUUUGCUAGUUCCACAUCUGAGUCAUGCAACUAGAGUUGCUGAUUAGAUCAGCAGCAUUUUCUGCUCAGGACCGGUAGUGCUCUACAAGUUCCAAGCGGUAUUUAUAUUUGUUGUUCAACCCCUUUGCAGAAAUACUGCUUGGGACACAGAGUCUAGGGUCAAUAUUUAAAAAAAAAAAAUCUCACAUGCAAAUAUUUUACAAUAAUGGUCCUUUAAAAUUUGACAAAAAUGUCAGGUUUAUCAUAAAAUAGAGGAAUACAUUUUUGUUUAAGUUACAAAGGAACAUUAAUAAUAGCACAUUUGCUGGCUCCAGUUUGUCUAGUCACACCGCAUAACUAAUGCCAUGCUGUAACAAAAACGUUAGUAAUAAGCUACAUUAGCAAAAUCAAAGAUAGGCCCUGCAUAGCUAAGUGUUUUGUUUAAAAGGGACGGUGAAGUUAAACUUUAAUGAUUCAGAUAGGUUUAAAACAACUUCCCAUUUUAAUUAUAUUACCAGUUUUUUUUCCCAUUCUCUUGGUAUAGUUUGACCAAUAAUAUAGCAAUGCAUUGGCUAUGAAAUGUGUAGCUUCUGCUUUAUAUCAGGCACCCUAACCUGAAGCACUUUAUACAGUUGUCAAAAUUAUUUACUGUCCCUUAAAAUAGACUAAUCUGACUUGACAGCAAAGGGCUUCAUUUAAUUAGCUGACCUAAUCACAAACUAAUCUUGACACAAGAAUUUUAACUUCCCCCUUUGAACCAGGCCAAGCAAAGGUUCAUAAUCAACAGAUGUUUACAGUGAGAAAUAUGUCGGUUUCAGCAUCAACAAAUGUGAGUGACAAAGGAAAUUAGUUUCCUGUCAUACUGCAGAGACCAAAGACCAAAUUACUGAUCUCUGGAAUUUUCUAAAGAUAAAAUAGUCAGCAACAGAGCUUCCUAGGCCUUUAGCUGCUGACAGGAAAAACAGAAAACAAAAGUGAAUAUUGUAUUUUAAAAAAAGGUUAUAUUCUGUUUAAGGGUUAAUUAUGCAAAAUUGCAUUUUAGCUAGUUUGUUUUAGUCAUUUUUAGAUUAGGCUUUCAAAAAGUUGUUCUUGAAUAUUUUAUGUAUGUCUGUAUUGAUGUAAGUUAAUUUGUAAAGGAGUUGAAAGCCACUUAAGUUUUUAAUUAAUUAAGGAAAUUUAGAAACCAGGAGUGUUAAGAUCCAUGGUUUGGGAUUGUUCAUGCUGAGAUUAGCUUUAUUGAUUGCAACAUAUGUAUAUAAUCUAUGUGACGACAGUUCUAAUGGAUAAACUGUACCGUUAGAAGAUAAUGCAUAAACAGUAACUAUUAUUAAUGUAAAAAUGUUUUGCAUCUAUUAAUUGCACAAUUGUUUGUGUUCUUUCAUCUGUAAUAAAUAUUAGUCUAUAA